AUGAAUCAAAGCUUCCUAGGCUCACACAAUCUCACGCAAGAGUCGCAAAUGUUCGAACAGCCAGCCGAUCAGCAAUUCCCACAACCAGGCUGGUUGAUAUACGGCCAGCCACGCUCCCAAUCGGUUAACUUUCCGGGUCCUGAUUUGAGUCUUCAACAAGAUUUUAUCAUGAUUGCUCCACAGCAAGCUCAACACGAUCGAGCACAGCAGUUCGUGCUAGAUGAGUUUGGACCGGCGCGGCCGAUCGCGCAUGGACCAACAGGAGCGAUUUCGGCCGCCAAGGAACAAAUCACGACAGGCCACUUCCAACGAUCAGAUAAGAUCAUUCUCUAUCCAUCUACCCUCGGUCUCCCAAACCACGACUUCAACAUGACGACUUUGGCAUCAUCGCAGCCACAACCCUCGCCCUUCUACCCCAGUACUAUCCAUGAUGGCCCAUCUGUCGCUGGGUUCCGCCCGGCUGGAGAAGGCGCCCCUCAGCUGAAGAGGGGCUUCAGCUCGGUCGACAGCGCAAUGGACGAGCAGUCGCCCGUCUCAGCAGCGUCGCCCGAAGACGCACCACCCGGCAAAAUGAGGAUCCCAGCCUUGAAGCGUCCCCGCAACGACUCGACCGUCAACAAUGGUCCGCUCAGCAAGGAAGUCGUCCUCAUAUCUCGACCAAAGCCUGGCCGCAAGCCCAUGGCCGACCAGAACGACUCGACCGACAAGCGAAGAACUAGNAACAGGCUGAAGGCAGAGAAGGCAGAAGCUGAAGCCAGGGAGUCUACCUUGAUUGCUGAUAAUGCAAGACUCGCGGCCACGGUAGGAGAUGCUGUUGCUGGAAAGGCUCAAGCCGUCCUCGAGCUCCAACAGGAAAGAGAGCGCAACAUGGAGCUGCAGAGGCAAAUUGAUGCCGCCAAAGCCCAUCAUGCCAAUGCCCAUGCUUCUCAUCCUCAGCGUUCUGUCAUUGUUCCAAACUUUGUUUCAUCAGUCCAUCAAAUUCUUACACCACCCUCGGACAAUGAUCCGCACGACGAGUAUGAGGUUGAUUUCACCAACAUCUACGCAACACGCAAACCAUCUGCGUUUGCUUCUGGACUCGGUACAGACGAACAUUGCGGUUUCUGUAGUGAUGUCGAGAACUGCAUCUGUCGCCAGCAGGAGGAACUCAACAACAAGAGCCUUCCCAGCCUUCCGCCUAUUGACUCAUCGCGUGCUACCGCUCAACCCAAACUGCCCUCUGAUAUCUCCACCCCCAGUUUUCUUGAGGCGCGAACCGAAGCUUCCGGUCCUGGUACUUGCGAUAUGUGUCUAGCUGACCCCGAAAAAGCAAGACAAUGCCGAGAGCUUGCUGAGGUUGCUUUCCAACAGAAGGAGGCUGCUUCAACUCGCUCAGAGGAUUCCGGCUCCAAGGAUAUGGGCACUGUCACCCUUCGACGCCUCAAGCAGCUCGACUCAGUAAAGCACAAUGAGCGCACCUCCUGCUCUGACUUCUUUCAACAAGCACAGCAGAAGAAUGUCAGGCUUCGACGAGACGACUACCAGCAAAUCAAGCAUGUGUAUCGUCUUGACAGUCGAUCCGAGCAUUCUCCUUAUAUGGAAAUGGAUACUCAAGACGCGGCUCAUGCUUUGGCCGCUCUGUCGCGACAAGACACCAGGUCUGGCAUGGAGCGUCAAUCUUGA